UAAAAACGGGAGGCAACGUUAGUGUAUCCUUCAGCAGCACUGUCAGAGUUUGGAAUUACAGCAGCAGUACCUUUUCUUACUACAGGGACAACCAACCAUGGCGGGACCUGAAUAAGGACGCGAGCAAAGCGAUAUUCGUAUUCGCCCAAACACUUUCCGCAUUUCUAUUUCCCACUCAAGUCGCUCCUCUUUUGCCCUAUGCAUCGGCGCUCUGCGGAGAAAGGACAGUCAGUGUUGAAAGACUUUACUGGACUCAUUGAGGAGAAGAAGAGAAGAGAAAGACACAUAAUUUUAAAGCAGAAUGGCGGACCGUGAUACGUUACCCCUUCCUUUAGAGGUGCGAGCCAGACUUGCUGAGCUGGAACUGGAGUUAUCAGAAGGUGACAUCACACAGAAAGGCUAUGAAAAGAAGAGAUCCAAAUUAAUUGGGGCCUUCCUCCCUCAGGCACCAGGUAAAGGGAUGGACCCUUCUGUGCCCCACGAGAGGAGAACUCCUGUCACCCCCGGCUCCUCCUCUCGCUACCACCGCCGCCGCUCCUCUGGCUCCCGGGACGAACGCUACAGAUCAGAUGUCCACACAGAGGCUGUGCAGGCGGCUCUGGCCAAACAGAAGGAGCGUGGUAAGAUGGCAGUACCCAUGCCCUCCAAACGCCGCUCCCUGGUCGUGCAGUCCUCCAUGGAUGCCUACACUCCCCCAGGUGAGGAACAUAUAGGACACCAAGACACGUCGUCAGGCUCGGAGGGUGAGGGCUCCAUGCAGGGUGAGGGCACGCCCACCUCCAGCCAGGGCAGCAUCAACAUGGAGAACUGGAUCAGCCGGGCCAUCCACGGCUCCACCACCUCCUCCACCACCUCCUCCUCCUCCACGCAGAGUGGAGGGAGCGGGGCGGCCAGCCGGCUAGCAGACGUCAUGGGUCAGACACACCUCGGUAAGUCAGAGAAGAACUCUGCCCCUCCAGAUGUUACCAGCUACACCACAGACUCCAUACAGGUGGAGAGACCGCAGGGCUCCACCACAGCAUCCAGAGCCACGCCCAAGUACGGCAACGCAGAGCUCAUGGAGACCGGAGAUGGUGUUCCAGUAGGUGGCCGAGUGUCAGCCAAAAUCCAGCAGCUAGUCAACACGUUGAAGAGACCCAAACGGCCUCCCUUAAGAGAAUUCUUUGUUGACGAUUUCGAAGAACUUCUAGAGGUACAACAGCCUGACCCCAACCAGCCCAAAGCGGAGGGGGCCCAGAUGCUGGCGAUGAGGGGGGAGCAGCUAGGGGUGGUCACUAACUGGCCCCCGUCGUUGGAGGCUGCCCUGCAGAGGUGGGGCACCAUCUCUCCCAAAGCCCCAUGCCUCACCACUAUGGACACCAACGGAAAACCACUGUACAUUUUAACCUACGGAAAACUUUGGUUGCGGAGUAUGAAGGUGGCCUAUAACAUCCUCCACAAGCUGGGGAGCAAGCAGGAACCUAUGGUCAGACCUGGAGACCGGGUAGCUCUGGUCUUUCCCAACAAUGACCCGGCUGCCUUCAUGGUUGCCUUUUACGGAUGCCUAUUGGCCGAACUUGUCCCCGUGCCAAUUGAAGUGCCACUUACGAGAAAGGAUGCAGGGAGCCAGCAGAUAGGCUUUUUGCUGGGAAGCUGUGGGGUGACGGUUGCCUUGACGAGUGACGCCUGCCAUAAAGGCCUUCCCAAGAGCCCCACAGGGGAGAUCCCACAGUUCAAAGGCUGGCCAAAGCUGCUGUGGUUUGUGACUGAAUCCAAACACUUAUCCAAACCUCCCAGAGACUGGUUCCCCCUUAUCAAGGACGCAAAUAACGACACAGCCUAUAUCGAGUAUAAGACGUGUAAGGACGGCAGUGUGCUGGGAGUGACGGUGAUGAGGAUAGCUUUGCUGACUCACUGUCAGGCCAUCACCCAAUCCUGUGGAUACACAGAAGCUGAGACCAUUGUGAAUGUAUUAGACUUUAAGAAGGACGUGGGGCUGUGGCAUGGCAUUCUCACGAGUGUGAUGAACAUGAUGCAUGUUAUCAGUAUACCCUACUCACUGAUGAAGGUCAACCCACUGUCCUGGAUCCAGAAAGUGUGCCAAUACAAAGCAAAGGUGGCGUGUGUAAAGUCCAGGGACAUGCACUGGGCCUUGGUGGCCCACAAGGACCAGAGGGACAUUAACCUGAGCUCACUACGCAUGCUGGUGGUGGCCGAUGGAUCCAACCCCUGGUCCAUCUCGUCGUGUGAUGCGUUCCUCAAUGUUUUCCAGAGUAAGGGGCUGAAGCCCGAGGUUAUCUGUCCUUGUGCCAGCUCUCCAGAGGCCCUCACUGUAGCCAUCAGGAGGCCGACAGACGACAGUAACCAGCCCCCGGGGAGAGGAGUGCUGUCCAUGCAAGGUCUGAGUCACGGGGUCAUCAGGGUGGACUCUGAGGAGAAGCUGUCUGUUCUCACCCUGCAGGACGUGGGCACCGCCAUGCCAGGAGCUCUCAUGUGCGUCGUGAAACCAGAUGGGGUUCCGCAGUUAUGCAAAACAGAUGAGAUCGGGGAGCUGUGUGUGUGUUCUAUCGCCACAGGGACGUCGUACUAUGGUCUCUCAGGCAUGACCAAGAACACCUUUGAGGUGUUCCCCAUGAACAGUGUUGGGGCUCCCAUCAGUGAGUAUCCCUUCACCAGGACAGGCUUGCUGGGCUUCGUGGGUCCUGGGGGGCUGUGCUUCAUCGCUGGCAAGAUGGAUGGCCUCAUGGUGGUGGGGGGAAGGAGGCACAACGCUGAUGACAUCGUGGCUACAGCCCUGGCUGUGGAGCCCAUGAAGUUUGUCUACAGGGGGAGGAUAGCAGUGUUCUCCAUCACUGUGUUACAUGAUGAGAGGAUCGUGGUGGUGGCAGAGCAGAGACCUGAUUCUACAGAGGAGGACAGUUUUCAGUGGAUGAGUAGAGUGCUGCAGGCCAUAGAUGGGAUCCACCAGGUGGGGGUGUAUUGCCUGGCCCUAGUCCCCUCCAACACCCUUCCUAAAACCCCUCUGGGGGGCAUCCACCUGUCAGAGACCAAGCAGCUGUUCCUGGAGGGCUCCCUGCACCCCUGCAACGUCCUCAUGUGCCCUCAUACCUGUGUCACCAACCUGCCCAAGCCCCGGCAGAAACAACCAGAGAUCGGGCCUGCCUCUGUGAUGGUGGGGAACCUGGUGUCGGGGAAGAGGAUUGCCCAGGCUAGUGGCAGGGACCUGGGCCAGAUGGAAGACAAUGAUCAGGCAAGAAAGUUCCUCUUUCUCUCCGAAGUGUUACAAUGGAGGGCCCAGACCACUCCGGACCAUGUGCUUUACACACUGCUCAACUCAAGGGGGACAAUAGCCAGCUCGCUGUCAUGUGUCCAGUUGCAUAAGAGAGCAGAGAAGAUUGCUACCAUGCUGGCGGAGCGAGGACACCUGCAGGACGGGGAACACGUUGCGCUCGUCUACCCCCCUGGGAUUGACCUGAUCGCAGCGUUCUACGGGUGCCUGUACGCGGGCUGUGUGCCAAUCACCGUGCGACCUCCGCACCCCCAGAACAUCGCCACCACUCUGCCCACGGUGAAGAUGAUCGUAGAGGUGAGCCGCUCGGCGUGUAUGAUGACCACAGCGGUGAUCUGUAAAUUGCUGAGGUCGAAGGAGGCGUCGGCAGCAGUGGACGUCAGGACCUGGCCUCCUGUCCUGGACACAGAUGAUUUGCCAAAGAAGAAGCCUCCUCUAUUGUACAAGCCCUCCAAUCCAGACACACUGGCCUACCUGGACUUCAGUGUUUCCACCACAGGGAUGCUAGCAGGAGUGAAGAUGUCUCACACUGCCACCAGUGCCUUCUGCCGUUCUAUCAAGCUGCAGUGUGAGCUGUACCCCUCCCGUGAGGUGGCUAUCUGCCUGGACCCCUACUGCGGCCUGGGAUUCGUCAUCUGGUGCCUUUGCAGUGUGUACUCUGGCCACCAGUCCAUCCUGAUUCCACCUUCAGAGUUGGAGGUGAACCCUGCUCUGUGGCUGCUGGCUGUCAGCCAAUACAAGGUCAGGGACACCUUCUGCUCCUACAGCGUCAUGGAGCUGUGCACCAAGGGCCUGGGCCUGCAGACCGACUCACUCAAGUCUCGAGGCCUGGACCUGUCGCGGGUGAGGACGUGUGUGGUGGUGGCGGAGGAGAGACCCAGGAUAGCUCUGACUCAGUCCUUCUCCAAGCUCUUCAAAGACCUGGGCCUCCACCCACGAGCAGUCAGCACCUCGUUCGGCUGCAGAGUCAACCUGGCCAUCUGUCUGCAGCCUCACAGGCUGGGGAAGCUUGCUGACCAGGGUACUUCAGGACCAGACCCAACGACUGUGUAUGUGGACAUGAGGGCACUGAGGCACGACAGGGUUCGUCUGGUAGAGAGAGGGUCUCCACACAGCUUACCACUCAUGGAAUCUGGAAAGAUUCUACCUGGGGUUCGAAUUAUCAUCGCCAACCCGGAGACCAAGGGACCGCUGGGAGACUCGCAUCUUGGAGAGAUCUGGGUGUGCAGUGGACACAAUGCCAGCGGCUACUUCACGGUGUAUGGAGAUGAGGCACUGCAGUCUGAUCACUUUAAUUCCCGUCUGAGCUUUGGAGACACACAGACAAUCUGGACCCGCACCGGCUACUUGGGCUUCCUCAGGAGGACCGAACUGACCGACGCCAGCGGGGAGCGACACGAUGCCCUGUACGUGGUGGGGGCGCUGGAUGAGGCUAUGGAGCUGAGGGGAAUGAGGUACCACCCCAUCGACAUUGAGACCUCCGUCAUCAGGACACACAAGAGCAUCACAGAAUGUGCGGUGUUCACAUGGACCAACCUCCUGGUGGUGGUGGUGGAGUUGGAUGGUUCGGAGCAGGAGGCCCUGGACCUUGUUCCCCUGGUGACCAACGUGGUUCUUGAAGAACACUACCUGAUCGUGGGGGUGGUGGUGGUGGUGGACAUUGGGGUCAUCCCCAUCAACUCUCGGGGAGAGAAGCAGAGAAUGCACCUCCGUGACGGCUUCCUGGCCGACCAGCUGGACCCCAUAUACGUGGCCUAUAACAUGUAGCCUAUAGCCUGCCAUCUGUAGACCUGCUAGACCAUAGACAAGGCCUUAUGGACGGACCGUGCAAUGCAGCAGGACCUCUGGUCUCUGAGAGCAGUGAGAGAGCUGAGGAGAGGACGUGAGUCCUAGACCCAGGCGCUCGCUGAUUUUGUGUGAUGUUGUUGCUAGUUCAAAAACAAAAGCACCUAAAAUUGGCAAGAGCAGGUGACGGGUUAGUGAAGUGUAGGAUUAGAAUGGGAGGAGCUCUAUGUGUAGAUGAUGAGAUAGGAGAGUCCCAGUCUAGUUCAGAUUCUUGAGUCCCAGUCUAGUUCAGAUUCUUGAGAGUCCCAGUCUAGUUCAGAUUCUUGAGAGUCCCAGUCUAGUUCAGAUUCUUGAGAGUCCCAGUCUAGUUCAGAUUCUUGAGAGUCCCAGUCUAGUUCAGAUUCUUGAGAGUCCCAGUCUAGUUCAGAUUCUUGAGUCCCAGUCUAGUUCAGAUUCUUGAGAGUCCCAGUCUAGUUCAGAUUCUUGAGUCCCAGUCUAGUUCAGAUUCUUGAGAGUCCCAGUCUAGUUCAGAUUCUUGAGAGUCCCAGUCUAGUUCAGAUUCUUGAGUCCCAGUCUAGUUCAGAUUAUUGAGUCCCAGUCUAGUUCAGAUUCUUGAGAGUCCCAGUCUAGUUCAGAUUCUUGAGAGUCCCAGUCUUGUUAAGAUUUUUGCUUUUUUGGUUAUUGAUUUUGAAGUAAGUGUGUAUAUAUUUUCAUGUUGCGUAAUGCUGAAGUCGCUUGUUUUUUUAAUCUGCCCUCUAAGAGGUUAGGGUAUUUUUUAAGAAUAUUUACAAACUGUGGCAAAUGGUAUUUUAUGUUUACCUUUUUUAAUUAUAUCAAUCAUUACAAAUACAGAUAUGUUUUGAUACAGGACAUAUCAAUGUUGUCCUUGAACUUUACAAUAUGAAGUACAAUAUGUUGUUUUAUGUUUGUUGGUUCAUUUUUUAAACAACAUUUUUAAUUCUGCGCCAACAUUUAUUUUUCUGUAACAACUGUCCCGACUACAAGGGGAACCAGUGUGAUUAUUUCAACUACAGCAAUCCUUUACUCUGUUAUCAUGUUCAAUAUCAUUAUACAUAAAUUAAAGGAAAACACUACGUUAUUUCAUAUCAUGUAAGUAUGUACAAAACUGAUUUAAUUUAUUUUGUUCUCUUUAGACGUAUAUGAGAGAAGACAUUCAAGAAUGUUUUAAUCUUGAAUAUUUGCUAAUAUAAAAACAAAGCAUUGUAUUAUCUUGAGUGAAUACUAGUAUCACAUCAAGUAUAUAAAAUAUAAAUAUAGAUCUAUAUUAAUUAAAAAGACCUAGGAUUCACCAAUGAAAACAUUUCAAAUGCAGUUCUUCUCACUUGCAUGGUGUCUGAUGUGUAGACAGAGCUGAAGUUGUUGCAUUGUUUGAAGGACAUAAAGGGGAUGAAUAUAAGGAUUCAGACUGUCCUCAAUAACUGCACACAGACAAAGAAGAGCUCUGAAAGGAUCAAAAGCAAUUUUGGAGAAAUUAUGUGUGUGUGAGGAGGAUGAUGGACUAAAACCUCUGGUGGGAAUGAUGAUGAAGAUGUCUGUGCUGACGUGUCACACUUGUAACUGAAACAACAGGUUGUAGAUGGUCACCAGAAUUGUAAAUAGAAAGUUUAGUCCUUCAUAUUUUUGCAUUGAGAGAUCAAUCAGGGCUCCUAUAUUGAUGUCACAGAGGAAAAAUUAUGAAAAAGUUCAAGAAAAAAUAUAACACUUUUACAGAAACCCUUUAAAGCAGGGCUGCCCAACCCUCUUCCUGGAGAUCUACUGUCCUGUAGGUUCAGUCCAACCCUAAU